AUGACCCAACGCGAACUCGACUCACUAUUGGGAAAACUCUCCUUCGCAGCUCGGGUAAUUAUACCUGGUCGGACAUUCAUGCGCCGACUCUGGGAUAUUUGUCACCGCUACAGUCAGCCACACUAUAAGAUCAAACUCUCAGUUGAGGCCCUGGAAGACCUGAAGUGGUGGCAACGCCUCCUCUCGCAAUGGAACGGAAAGUCCUUCUUUCAUAUGCCAAAUUGGACCCCGUCUCCCGACAUCCAAUUGUUUACUGAUGCCAGCGGUUCGAUCGGCUGGGGCGCAUGUUAUGGCCAUCGCUGGAUCCAGGGACAGUGGUUGCCGGAACAAGCCGACUACUCCAUCGAGUGGAAGGAGAUGUUCGCCAUUGCCGCAGCUUGCUCCUCCUGGGGCCUUGAAUGGCGCAAGCUCCGCAUACUCGUGUACUGCGAUAACGAAGCCGUAGUGGCAUGCCUGUCCAAUGGUUGUAGCCGCUCCCCCCCAGUCAUGGAUCUGAUACGACGGCUGUUCUUCAUGUGCGCUAACUUUGGCUUCAUUCUGUCAGCAAAGCAUAUUCCAGGAUGCACUAACAAAGCCGCUGAUGCUCUGUCUCGUUUUAACAUGCAGGCGUUUCGCGAGGCGGUUCCGGGAGCUCGGGCGACAGCCGACCUGUUCCAGUCAUUCUUACUGCCGCGGACGAAUUAG